AUGUGUCCAGAUGAAACAAAAAGCUUACCAGAAGAGAAUGAUUUGAGGAAAGAUAUUUUUAAAAAUGGAGAAGAAUUGUUUGAAGAGGGUAUCGAAAAACUGGUCAUCAGUGAAUGCGUUUCAGGAACCGCUCAGGCAGGGAUCAGGGAAAAAGAAUUUCCAGAGUUGGACAAGAAAGCUCUUGAAGUAAUUAGGAGAGUAUGGGGCGAUGGUAAACCAAACGAUGAAAAAUUUGGUGGUAGGAUUACACGAAAGGACCUACUCACACUUUAUGAUUCUAAUUGGCUGAACGAUGAAGUAAUAAAUACAUAUUUGGAACUGAUCUGUGAACGAGCAAAGCAAGAUUCCAGCUUACCAAAGGUUUAUGCUUUCACUACUUUCUUCUAUGCAAACUUAUCUCGACAUGGGUAUACGAGAGUAAAGCGAUGGACAAAAAAAGUUGACAUAUUUCUCUACGAUAUACUUCUUGUACCACUAUAUCUUAGAGGACAUUGGUGCUUAACAGUUAUUGAUUUGGAAAAAAAACUCAUUCAUUAUUACAGUCAGUCGGGUGUUAUGAACACUCGCUGUUUGGACUUGCUAAGGUUAUACCUAAACGAAGAAUCGAUAGACAAAAAGAAGGAACCGUUUGACACGAAAAACUGGAAAUGUGAAUGCCGUCAGGUGCGUAAUCUAUAA